AGUCACCUAAUCUUCUUCCUCAAAUCCAUAGAACACAAUUCGAUUCUUCCUUAAAUCAUUCUUCCUUUUUAACAGUUGACAAAAACACAGCAUCAACCAUGCCGCUGAAGAUGUUUGACGCCACCGUCUCGAGCUUCGAUGGCGUAUUCGAGAAGUUCAGAUCGGAAGCAGCCAACAACAAGGCCAAUCUCAUCGUCUUCUUGGCUGACAAAGACCCUUCCACCUCUCUCAGCUGGUGCCCUGACUGUGUGAGAGCUGAACCGGUAAUUUACAAAAAGCUGGAAGCAUCACCAUAUAAUGUGGCACUCCUCUGUGCUUAUGUUGGAGAUAGACCUACUUGGAGGAAUCCCCUGCAUCCGUGGAGAGCUGACUCAAAGUUCAAGCUCACUGGAGUCCCAACACUAAUUCGCUGGGAGGAUGGUGCAAUCAGAGGUCGCCUUGAAGACCAUGAAGCCCACCUUGAACACAAAAUUGACGCCCUUCUUGCCUGAAAAUGAGUUAUAUGCUUUUCCUUUUACAAGGAUGGUUGUUGGGUUUCUAUAUUAUGUGGGAUAAUCUUUAACAAUGUUUGGCCCUUAGCAUCUGUCGAAUGCUAAUUAAUAAUGUUGCACUUAUGUUAGCCAAUGAAAUAAAGUUUUUAAGCA